GUGCCCGCUUAUCCAGUGACGCCUUUCGAACUCACUCGGCCAAUGGCGGUUCGCGGCGCAGUGUGUCGUCGUUGGGUGGUUAGAACGAACGUUAGAAGGUUGAGCGAGCAGCAGUCAGUGACAGAUGAAGAGGAAGAAAGAGAGCGCGCGCGGCGCAUGAUGAAAUGUCAAAAUGGGAGAACAAGUGAUGAUAACAAGUAACAACGCUCGCAUACAGUCACCGUAGACGGCUGUUUAAGCAUGUCCACAGAUGACAGCAUCUCUGAGGACGUGUCCAGCUCUGUGGCUUUGAGCCACGAUCAAAUCAGUGCCAAUGGCGGGAAAGAGAGUGAGGCGUCCAUCGUCUCCUCUGAGGACACCGUAUCUGGUCUCCCCGAAGAGGAGCACUCUGCGUCCCACCCCGAGGGCUUCCUUCAGGCGACAGAAGGGGAAAACCGACCCUCCACCACACCAGCAUGCAGCAUUUCCAACAAAAUAAGGAAUCUGUGUCUUCGUACUGAGGAGGAGUUCAGCUCAGGGAGAAGUUUGCCGUUCAUCAACCCAAGCUCCAUAGAGACCCUCCGAGCCCUGGUCCAGGAGAUCCAGAGCAGUGGGGAGACCGACCCGGAGAUUUGGAAGAACUGUGAGGGCCGGUGGCUUCAUCUCUUUCAGUUGGUGGAAAAGCAAUAUCAAGAGCAAAUCCUUGCACAGCAGGAGCAGUACCAGUGCCAGAUACAGCUCAUACAGGAUGAAAUUAAGGCGUUAGUGCAGUUACAGAACCGCCAAAUCAGCACACAGACGCACUCUCUGGAGCCUGGUAAGAUCCACAAGCCUCUAGAGGACCCGGCGGCUGAGAACACCUUCAUGUCGUCGGCUGCAAGACCUCUGUCACAUCCCCAGCUCACCGUUCACCCUCAGGAGAGCUCGGAGGAGGGGAUGGUUACUGUGCUGAGCAGUGGAUAUGGGACUCUUUCCACCUGGGAGCAUGGCUUAGAAACAGCGCGGCCCAGUUCCACAGAGGGGAGGGAUGAGGCGCUGUGGUCCCCAAACCAGCAGGAUGGCAGUCUUACACCGUCCCCUAUACCUGACACAAGCCCAGUGGGCCAGAACCCGCUGAGCAGAACCAUCACAGCCAGCGACAAACUCCAGACGCCUGCGACGAUCGCACCCGUUACCCCAACCGAUAGACAGAGAGUAAUAAGUCAACCUCUGACCUCCUGGGCCCAAAGGCAAAAACACAGACCGAGAAAGAACCGAACGGCACAAAACCGGACGUCACAUGUGGAGGAGCGAGACAAGAGCACAGCAGGAGCAGGAUCUCCUAAGGAGCACACCGAUCAUUUACCUGAUCGUGGAUGCAGUGCAGCCUCCAUGAACCCAUUGCCUCUAAGGAGAAGUGACAGUCUGGUGUCUGAAGCCUCAGGCCUCUCUUACUGGAAGCUGGAUGAGAGUGAGUUAUACCGCCCUCUACCUGACAACUUUGAAAGUGCUUCCUUCGUCCUAAUGCAGACUCCAGAUGAGAACCGUCUGUCUCUGCGGGAGAUCUACCAGAGCAAGAGAGCAGAUCCCAAAGGCCACGAGUGGGACUCCUUAAUCAACUCGUCCACCUCGUCUCCUCAGGUGUUGACUCUGGACUCCACGGUGCAUGUGAAGCACUCGGAUCGCACGUCAGGCUUCACGUCGCCGUCCCACUUCAGCAGUCCUUCUGCGCAUGUCCGGGCCUGUCCUAGCAGCAGCGACGCACCCGUCAGUCCCGACUCCAUGGCCCUGCGCAGCCACAGUGACACCGACUGCAUCUCCAACGCCAGCAGUCUGUCUGCACAGCAGGCGCCAGACCGGACGUCUCCCUCCCCGUCUGCACUGAGAGCAAACCAGGCCAACAGUGAAGAUGAGGGCAGCCACACUGCCACGGUCACCGUACAGCCCAGAGGACCGUCUGCUCAAGAGAUGUACAAGCUGAACAGAAGCAGCCCAGGGACAGGCAAUGGGAAGCUGGAGCGGAAGACCUCGCUGGAGGACCCAGUCGUCCUCUCGCUUUUGAGACAGAACCUGAGAGAGAAACAUGCCCGCCACAUAGCCGAUCUCAGAGCGUACUAUGAAGCAGAGAUCAGUGCCCUGAAGGAAAAGCUGGAUCUGGUAAAUUUGCCUCUUGACAUGGAGAAAAGCAACCAGAUCCUGCUUGAGAGAUGUCAGCACCUGGAACGAGCGUUGACAGAGGCGAGCACACGCAUCCGAGAGCUGGAGAUCAAAAACCACCUCUUGGAGAGACAGCUGGCGGAAUGGCCAGAGCGAUACGAUGCAGCCAGCGCCACGGUCCAGACCCUGCAGCAGCGGUUAGAAGAGACCAAACACAGCAGCCGCGAGAAAGACGCCACCAUGGCCAAACUGAAGAACCGCCUGCGUCAGCUGGAGGAAGCCAUGCAGAACGCCUGUAAGGAGGUGGAUGACAAAGAGGCUCGCAUGAAGAAGGAACACAAGAUGCUACAGGAUCUCCUCAACGAGUAUGAUUCAUUGAGAAGGGAGCAUGAAGGAGCGAAGGACAAGCUGGUCUCAACUGAAAAUAAGCUCUUUGAUGCCAAUGAACAAAUAUGUGAACUGAAAAGGGCCAUCUCUAAGCUAGAAACUCAAGUCCGACAGCUACAGCAUGAGAAUCUGGCCAAAACACGUCAGUCUCUUCACAGCAACUCACAACCAUCUGGAGCGGGUUUGUUCCACCACCCUGAUCUUCUGCUUUCACCAAGUAAAAGGCAUCGAGAUGUUGAUGUCGGCAUGAGGAACGGCGCUGGUCUCAGGGGUGAACAGACAUCUUCUGACCGAACAGCUAGAGGGCGGCUGUCUCCACCAGAGAGAGAACAGACUCAUGGUCACUGUGAAGAACCGAGGAAGAGGGAUGUUCCACUGACGCCCAUGAUGAAGGCCCUGAUCCAGAUGGAGGACACUAAAGCCACUGAGGGACGUGUUCUGUCCAAGAACGGCUGCAGUUCUUCCAGGUUGACUAGGAGGAGGCCUACGGUGGCUUUUGUGGAGAGUUCUGUGAGGGACGCGGUGGAGGAGCGGAGCGGAGCUGUGCUGAGGGCCCAGAGGAGUCUCUCUCCAGAGGGCCACAGGUCAUCAUCUCUGCCCCCCAGAGCACAGAGACCCAUUCCUAUCACCACACCUACAAAGAGGGACACGUUACUCGUGCCUCUCUCAGCCAAGUCCAGUCCUAAGCGCUGCCCGACUGAGAACUUCUCCACAGCGUUGGGUCACCCUCUUCCAUCCCAAGAACACCUGCAGAGCAGGUUUGAUGUUUUUGAUCGAAAUGGCAUCAGCUCCUCUGUACCGUCUCAUCCAAGUCCAAGAAAGAGGUUGCAUUUUAAGCCUUCUGAGAGACUGGAAGUGAACCCUCAGUCCAGCGUGGGCUCGUCUGAGCCUGCAGAAAGCAGUGAAUCUGAGGAGCAUGCGGUUGGACCCAGCUGGGAGGAACAGGAAGCUGCCGUCAGCUCGCUGCAGACACAAGACGCCGCUGAAGAGACGUCCCUCUCCUGUCAGCCUCGCAUUCAGUCGCUGGCUGAUGCAGAGCGCCUCUUUGAUGAGCUCACACAGGAAAAGCAGCAGAUUGAGGCAGCACUGAGCCGUAUACCUGGAGCCGGGGGCCGGGUUACGUUGCAGACCAGGUUAGAUGAGGUGUCCCUGGAGAAUCGCCUGGAAAAGGUGAACCGUGACCUCGGAUUCAUCCGCAUGACUUUGAAACGAUUCAACAUCCUGCGGUCUUCUGCCAACAUAUAGCCAACGGCUGCAGUGAACUGUCAUGAAUUAUCCCGGACCAUAUGAAUUAUUAUCACAAUGGAAACGAUGGUUCCACUGUACAGACUCUAAUAUGUACAUGUUCAGUAAAUAUUUCUACUUUUAUUACUGUAGGAUCUAUUUUGUAUGUUUUUAUUACAUGGUGAACAUACUAUAAAGUAUAUUUUAAUAAUGCCUAGAUUUGUAAAAACAUUUACUUUUUUAAUGUCACAGAAAUAUGGAAAAUUGUAUGCUUGACUCGUUCAGGUGAAUGAUGUAGAUAUUUUUUAUUUUAUUCAUUUGCUGCUGAUAAAUGAAUGGCAAAAAUACAGUCCUGCAGGGCAGCUCAUUUGCAUAUGUUUCCAUUCCACUUGUGUGUCUUAUGACUCUUGAUUUAAAUGACACUUGAAAAGGUAUAUCAUUUUUUUCACUGUUUGUGGCAUGUUUCAUUAAUUUACGUGACGACAUUGCCUGUGCCAUAUAAGAGCAGAGAAUGAUAGCACAUAAUAGGAUGAAUUGAAGUAGAGCUGAAUUGCCUUGUUGAAAUCAUCUCAUGCAAAGAACACAAACCCAAACCAGCACUGACUGUUUACACAUGAUUAUCAAAGGUAGACCUCUGACAUUUUCCAAUGCAACACAGGAUGUGCUGCUUACUUUGAUGCAUGAAAUUUGAAAUAUGCUCUUCUCUGCUGUUCCAUCGUUAGCUGUUGACAGUUCAUUUCUUUUUUUCCUGUAGCUCACGGAAUCUAUUUAACUGUUGCACAAAAAUGUUCCACAAUUAAAACUGCAUACGGAAUCAUG